AUGGCGUCCAAGAUGGCACCUUCGAUGCUGCGAACAGCUUCAAGAGCCGUCGCUAGAGCUUCGCGGCGCCCAUGCGAACCUCAGCAGUUCCGCGCAUUGAGCAUCUCAGCACCCAGACGGAGCGAGACACUCUCUGUCCACCGCAACACAUCCUACAACAACCCCUCAAUCCCUUUCACCUUCAACGCCACGAACCUCAAACUCAUCGACGAGAUCCUCAAACGCUACCCGCCCCAAUACAAAAAAGCCGCCGUCAUGCCCCUGCUCGACCUCGGCCAACGCCAACAUGGCUUCACCUCCAUCUCCGUCAUGAACGAAGUCGCAAAAAUCCUCGAAAUGCCCCCUAUGCGCGUCUACGAGGUCGCAACCUUCUACACCAUGUACAACCGCGAGCCAGUGGGAACCUUCUUCGUGCAGGUCUGCACCACCACGCCGUGCAUGUUGGGAGGAUGCGGAAGCGAUAAGAUCAUGAAGGCUAUUGAGGAGGAGCUGGGGAUUCACAGUGGGCACAUGACGGAGGAUGGGGUGUUUAGCUUGUUGGAGGUCGAGUGUUUGGGUGCGUGUGUGAAUGCGCCGAUGAUGCAGAUCAAUGAUGAUUACUAUGAGGAUCUGACGCCGGAGACGACGGUGCAGUUGUUGAGGGCGUUGAGGGCGAGUGUCAAGGAGGGUGGUGGGUUUGAUCCGGCCAAGGUGCCGAGGCCGGGGCCACAGGCAAGGGAGGGUGGACAGAGGGUAACGUGUGAGAAUGUCAAGGGAAGGACGACGUUGUUGGGCGACCCCCCAAAGAUCGAGAGUAUCAUGCGGACGGAUGGCGAGCUAUGA